AUGCAGUGUACCUUGAGUGGUAGAGGUCACUGCAUCGGUUGUGUGUGCAACGUGAAACGUGAUCGGGCGUUGCAUCCUGCGAGUGUGUGCGUGUGCCGGGCGCGGCGCAGCCUCCGUGCGUCUGCGGCCUGUCUAGACGACCCCCCGCCGACCCCGCUGCCCUGCCACGCCGCCACACCCCGCAUACUAACCUUCCCCGCUGCUGCACGCUCACACUUCGCUCCUUUCACUGCACAAACCACCUGCUCUGCUGCUGCUCUGCUGCCGUCUCAUGCUAAUGUUUUUAGUAAGCAGCUCAAUUUUUUU